CUAGUGCGCAUGUGCACUGCCGAAUCGGUACCACUCCAGACAUUUACCAAUUGUCUAGUGUGACUGUGUGAGCCAGAAUUUUGUUAUCAUAACCUAAUUGGCUAAUAAGAGCUGACAAUCUCUGCGAUUCUUUCGACUGGUGCAUAGAUAUCGAAACUGGGAUGUGAAGAAGAAGCUGCUGAAGCCUUGCAAAGGAUGCCGCAUCUCUUGGUACUGCAGCGAGAGCUGCGCCAAAAGCGGCUGGGAAAUCCACAGGUUCGAGUGCCACAGGCUGCACAGGCUCGACCCCAACAUCCCGCCGUCUUUCGUCGGCUUCUAGCCCGUAUCAUCUUCAAGCUCAAUAAUGGUGGCGACAAAAUAGUUGAAAAAUAUAGCGAAAAAGAAGGAAGGAGAUUCAGGGAUCUCAUGAACCAUUACGGGGACGUAAAAAACGGAAAGGAAUCCAAGAUGGACGUCGAUUUUCUUAUCAACUCUCUAAUCAAGUACAUUGGAAGAGACAACCUUCCUAAUUACUCCGAUUUCUUGGGUAUAUACGGGAGGGUUCUGGUCAACCGGUUCUGCAUCUUCGAUGAGACGAUGCAGACCUUCGGGUCAGGAGUGUUCCUGGCCGCGUCCAUCUUCGACCACGCCUGCGCCCCCAACUGCCAUGUCUCCUUCGACGGGAGGAAAGUCCAGAUCAGGUCCCUCGUCGAUAUGCCCGAGCUGGAUUACAGUAAGUGCCGAAUCAGCUACAUAGACCCCGUGGCGAGCGUGACCGCGCGCAAGGAGGAACUCCACCGGAAGUGGUACUUCUGGUGCGACUGCAAGACGUGCGCUGACGAGGAGAGGGCCCACUUGGAAAAUUCGGUCGUUUGCGAAACUGAAGACUGCAACACUUUCAUCCACAUUCCCGAGACGUUCUGCCACAAGAGCCCUCCGAUAGAGUGCAGCAGAUGCGGCGAUCCCGUCGACAAGGAGAAGAUAAGACGCUACAGGCAGAUCGUCACCUUCACGAAAUACCACCUGACCAGAAUGAGCGAGGACAAUCCUAAACUGACAGAUUGCAUGGAAGUGUUGGAAGAACAGGGCCGCGUGCUCCAUUCCCUCAACGUCUGGCGAGUGAGGACCAUAGACUUCACGUUCAACGCCGCCGUCCACAGCGGGUGCUGGGAGAGGGCGCUGCACUAUGGCGAUAAGAAUUAUGAGGGCAUGAGGUACUAUUACGGCGACGAUCAUCCCACCUUUGCUCUCUUCCUCUUCAAGCUUGGCAAAGCCAAGAUCUACCUGAAGGAGUUCCGCGAGGGUGUCAGGAUGCUGGACAAAGCGGAAGCCAUCCUCAAGGACGCCGUGGGACCCACGCAUCCCCUCAUAGUCGAUCAGCUGGUUCCGACCAACCUGCUGGCCAACGAAGACAUCGAGAUCUGCCUGGAGAGGAGGUUGGCUGCCGCUAAGGAGAGGGAGCGCCUCCAGCAGAAGAAUAAAGUCUCGAGGAGAUACGCCAAACCGAUCGACCAGGCGGCGUAAUAUAACGUGAGCUGUCGGGUGUCUAGGCCGAGCGCUCCGGCUGUCGUUGAGCGCGUUGGAUCUGUUCUACCACUACGGAAAUCAACCAGACGAUAGAAAGGAAACUUAUGAGUAUCUGUGGUUUAUUUGUUAUCGUUAUUGUUGUUGUUGCUCUAUCACAUUAGGGAGGCAUGGUGUCUAUAUUCUAAAGAUUUCGUCCUGAAAACCAGUGUUCGAAGUAGUAUCUUGUCCUGUUAAACAUUCAGAACAAAGAAGAAGUCAUUUAAGGAGGUAGGAAAGUUGAUACUUGAUAGCCGAUUCGGUAGUCAGUGACUACUUGGCUGUCCAGAGAAACGUGUCAGAAUACCAGCAGAGAAUUGAGGCUUUUAAUUACUUGACACUGAAGAUAAUUUGGCAGGAAAAAUUCUCCAAAUUUGACAUCUAGGUGGUAUUUGCUAUGAAGUUGAAACGAACCAACUUAGAUUAAGAAUGAAAGGCUGCUCACCUUAGUAAAUAAGUUAAGGGGGCAUAAAACUAAUUUAGCAGCUGGGAAAGAACUUUGAAAUCAGUCACAAAGCCAGUUUGAUUUAAGAAUCAAGUGUUGCUGAAUGAAGGACAUCUAGUUUAUUACCUGCCAGCCAAGUAAAGCCUUACAUGCAGCCAAUGUGAUUAUAUUCCAAGAAGAAAGACGUACUAUACAAGGUUUUAGUGAAUAUUUACGGCAAAGACCUAUUUGGAAAAAUAUUUUAGACCAUGACGACAUCUCUGUCAAAAUUUCCUUUCGUUGUGCAUGUUUUAGUGAAUCGUUUAACGUCCUACCCAAGGUUAGGUGAGGUGGUUUUGGACCUGCUCACUUAAUUUACCACGAAACCAUCAUUUUAGGAAGGUCUCUUGUUUUUUCAGACUUGCUAGCUUGUUAUUAACAUUCUGGUGGCGUCGAUUUUUCUAAAAUUUUGAAUUGUUGUUGCUGCCUUAUAGAUGCUGGUUCUCAGUGUUUUUACCUCGUUAUGUUCAUCUCUCCCAGAAAAUCAUCAUGUUGAAAGGGUCAUACCUAUAGUGCUUCUGUAUUGUGUCUACUCAUGUGGAAUACUACGUGUCCUCCUCUGCCUCAGGUUGUUUAGAGUUUCUCUCAGGAAUUAAAUUAUAGUUACUCAA